AUGGCAGCCGCAGCAGCGGCAACAACAACGACAACAACAACGACAACAACACAAUAGUAGCUUUGAAACACUCACCUAUAUGCUAGAAACUGAGAUGAUGAAUUCUUAUGUGUGGCUUCAAACUUGUGAUGGUUCAAUCCAACAAGUAGAUCAAGAGAUUGCAAUGAUUUCCCCUUUCAUAUUACAAGAAAUAUUACAAAAAGGAACUGGAUCUUGCAAGAGUUCUCCAAUAUGUCUUCCUCAACAAGUAAGUCCUUCAUUGUUGAGCUCAAUUCUUGAUUAUUGUCAAUUUCAUCACAUACAAGGCCACUCCAACAAGGAAAGAAAAUUGUAUGAUGCGAAAUUUGUUAGGAUAGACCCUGACAUACUCUUUGCAUUGGCAUUUGCUGCAAAAAGCCUUCAAUUAAAGCCAUUAAAUGAUCUCACAUGUCAUGCAUUAGCACGAUUAAUUGAAGGAAAAUCACCCAAGGAGAUACGCGACAUGUUUAUUUGGCCUCAUGAUCUUACAGAGGAAGAGAUAUUGGAGUCAAUUAUAAAUAAAACUUGUGACUGCAAAAUCAGGCAUUUGAACCGCUUAAACAUAAAUAGGCGUAAAGAGCGUGAAAGGGUACUGGAGAAUGUUCGAGUUAAACAAGAAGAAGUGGUUGUAGAAGAUGAACGAUCCAUUGAAGAGCUUCUGUCUUUUAUUAAUGGAUCAAAUGAUGGAGAAACCAAGGGCAAUAAAACUUCCAAGAAUAAGAAAAAGAACAGAAAAAAGAAAAAAGACCAACAGAAGAAUUCUUCUAUGAAAGAAGAAGAAGAAGAAGAAGAGGAUCAUGUGGUUGAGUUUGAUGAUAAGAUUGAUCAGGCCUUAACGGCAAAAAUUGACAAGACCCAAUGA